AUGGCGGCUUCUCCCAUUUUCAGAUCCUCCUUCCUCUCGCCCCAACUCCUUCAACACCACUCAUCCGCCAACGCUAAACCCCCUGCCACCGCACACUUUAAUCCAAUAAAAGCCACCACCUCUUCCGACCCCGCUACGACACCUCCUUCACCCGCACCACAAUCAUCUAACCAUCUCAAGCACCGACGCUCAGCUGACGAGAAUAUCCGGGACGAGGCCCGUCGCCACAACGCCGCUCACAACUUCUCCGCCAAGUACGUGCCCUUUAACGCCGACCCCACAUCGACUGAGUCAUAUUCUCUCGAUGAGAUUGUGUAUCGAAGCCGCUCUGGUGGCCUCCUCGACGUCCAGCACGACAUGGACGCUCUCAAGAAAUUUGAUGGUCAGUACUGGCGAUCCCUUUUCGAUUCCCGUGUAGGCAAGACCACAUGGCCGUAUGGGUCGGGAGUCUGGUCUAAGAAGGAGUGGGUUUUACCGGAAAUUGAUAGUGAUGAUAUUGUUAGUGCAUUUGAGGGGAACUCGAACCUGUUUUGGGCUGAGCGUUUUGGCAAACAGUUUCUGGGCAUGAGUGAUUUGUGGGUGAAACAUUGUGGGAUUAGUCAUACGGGUAGUUUUAAGGACUUGGGCAUGACAGUUUUGGUGAGCCAAGUGAAUCGUUUGCGCAAAUUGAACCGGCCCGUGGUGGGAGUUGGGUGUGCAUCCACGGGUGAUACAUCAGCGGCUUUGUCGGCUUAUUGCGCUGCUGCUGGGAUUCCGUCCAUUGUGUUUUUGCCGGCGAACCGGAUAUCCAUUGCACAGUUGGUUCAGCCGAUAGCCAACGGGGCUUUUGUAUUGAGUAUAGAUACUGAUUUUGAUGGUUGUAUGCAGUUGAUUCGUGAAGUCACCUCUGAGUUACCCAUUUAUUUGGCCAAUUCGUUGAACAGUUUGAGGCUAGAAGGGCAGAAAACCGCUGCAAUUGAGAUUUUGCAGCAGUUUGAUUGGGAAGUGCCCGAUUGGGUGAUUGUUCCUGGCGGAAAUUUGGGGAAUAUAUAUGCAUUUUACAAAGGUUUCCAUAUGUGUAAAGAGUUGGGACUUGUUGAUAGAAUUCCGAGGCUUGUUUGUGCUCAAGCAUCUAAUGCUAAUCCACUUUACUUGCAUUACAAAUCAGGGUGGAAGGACUUUAAGCCAGUUAAGGCAGGUACUACGUUCGCGUCUGCAAUUCAGAUUGGCGAUCCUGUUUCAAUUGAUAGAGCAGUUUUUGCAUUGAAGAAUUCAAAUGGGAUUGUUGAGGAGGCAACUGAGGAGGAGUUGAUGGAUGCCAUGGCUCAGGCAGACUCAACUGGGAUGUUUAUAUGCCCUCACACUGGUGUGGCAUUGACUGCAUUGUUUAAGUUGAGGCAAAGUGGGGUUAUUGGUCCAACGGAUAGGACUGUUGUGGUAAGUACUGCUCAUGGAUUAAAGUUCACACAAUCCAAGGUCGAUUACCAUUCCGGGGAGAUUAAAGACAUGGCCUGCCGGUUUGCAAAUCCACCAGUGCAAGUGAAGGCGGAUUUUGGGUCGGUCAUGGAUGUUCUGAAAAACUAUCUGAUGAACAAGGAGUCCAAACGUUAG